AAUUAUUUGAGGUUAUGUUAUUAGAAAAGUGAGGUUAUAUUAUUAAAAAUAAAACGUCAACAAAUAAGAAUAUAAAUAAAUUAAUUUAGGAACUAAAUAAUUAGUUGUUCGGAUUAAAUAACUUAGCCGUGAUGGACAUAAGUGCUUUUUCCAAGGAUGAUUCCGAUGUCAAGGAAUGGGUGAAUCGUACCCUAAAACCUGGAGAAAAUCAGAAUAAACGGGACGGCAACUACACAAUGGGCUUAGUAAUGAAACUGCAACUGUACGUGCAGCAAGUGAACAACUCCUUAGAGGGGUGCAGCGUGCAGGUGCUCAACUCCCUCCCGAAAAUCCUGCGGGACGUCAAGGUGCUGCAGCAGGAUGCGAAUGUCUUAAAAGACAAAAUGAGCCGAGUCAAGCAGGAAAUAGUCGAGAUCGAAGUGGACACCCGAAACAGCAUAACGACCAUCGAGAAACUGGACAUGAUGAAGAGACAGUUGGAAGUGGCCAAGCGGGGGCUGCACGAGAGCGACAACUGGACCGUUUUAGUCAACGAUCUUGAGGAAAUGUUCGACUCAAAGAAUAUCGAGGGGAUCUCGCAGAAAAUCUUGGGCAUGCAAAGUUCACUCAAGUUGCUGGCGAAUGUGGCCGACUACGAGGACCGGAAGUUACAGCUGGAGGGUCUGAAGAACCGACUGGAGGCCAUCGCCAGUCCGGUUAUUGUCCAGGGGUUCACAUCGGGGGAUAUCGAACAAUCCGCCAAGUUCGUAUCGAUAUUCUCCUCGAUCGGAAGACUUCCGGAACUGAUGAAGUACCACCGCAACUGCCAGAGGGACCUUCUGGUGCAAAAAUGGUUCCAGAUAACGUCACAAGAGGAACCGGUCACCCAAUGGGUGCACCACUACUACGACUACCUCAUAUCGAACUGGCACACCCACACCAAAUGGUUCCAUCAAGUGUUCGAAGCGGGCGAACCCGCCACCGAACCCUUGAUCAACGUCUACGUCGACGUUUUGACCUCAUUAGAGGCCCCCUUCAGGGAAACCAUCGAUUCGGUGCUUAUAAAACAAACGACGACCGAUAAGCUCGCCUACUUGAUCGAAAUCAAAGAAAUGGCGGAUCGGUUCGCGGAGAACCUUCGGGGUCAAUGUGGGCCCCACGAGGGGCUCCUCCGAGCGGUUUACGCCCAUCUGCGGCCGUACGUCGGUAAAUACGCCGAAUACGAGCAGGCCGUGCUCGUGGAACAAUUGAAGGGGAUGCGGUUGAUCAAGGAGGAGUUGACCGACACCGUCGAGGCCCUCGGGUUCAGUAUCGAUCCGGUGAUGGAUUACGCGUCGGAGGGGCGGGAGCGGUGCCGGAAGUUGACCGGAAGUUGCGGAUUUUGCGGGUUGCUCGUCGCGAUCAGGGCCUACUUGUCGAGCUACGCGGGGUACUUUAGGGUGGCCCUGCGCCAACUGGACCGAUCCAGUAAGAGCAACGUACAAGAAAAAGAAGAAGAACUAGAGGAGGACAACUGGACCAACUUCCAGCUCUGUUUCACUCUGUUGCAACACUGCGGCGAGGUGGUGUCGAGGGUGCGAGAGCUGGAAAAACAGCUGAUCGAUGACGUGUUGACGUUGAACCGGAAGUCGGAACUGAAGCGCUUCCUGUUGGACGGCAACAGCGCGAAAGAGUUCGACUCGUUGGUGAAGUGCGUGACGGAGGGCACCGAACUGGCGCCGUUGGAUCACGUGACGCGCGACUUCGGCCAAUUGUGCGUCGACGUGCACCACGUGACCCGUCGCAUCGUUUUCGCGCCGAUUUCCGCCCACCUGGGGGCGGUUCCGGUGCCGGAAACGUGGCAACACCGCGACGGUUCCGGCGCCCCCGAUUUGCCCGACUACAGUUUCACGCCGCAGGAGUACGUCACGCAGAUCGGCCAAUACCUGAUGGAGCUCCCGCAGCACCUCGAGCCCUUCCUGUUCAAGGUGGACGGGGCGCGGGGCGCCUUGGCGUGCGCCCUACGCCCCGUCGACCGCGAGUACGCGCUCGCGCCCCCGUCGGAGGGCGCGUUGGCGCAGGUUUUCCUGCGUCUGGUGGCGAGGGGCGCGUGCGACGCCUUCGCCGAGAAAAUCCUCGCGAUCCCCCACUUGAGCCCCACGGCCGUCAGGCAACUCGCCCAAGACAUCGGUUAUCUGAAUGAUGUGCUGCAAGAUUUGGGGAUCACGAUGGAGGAUAAUUUGAGGCAAAUUGCGACGUUGCUAAAACUCCCCGCGGAUCAGUAUGUGACACAAAGUGCGGGCUGUUCGGCGAAAUACGUCGCGGCAAUCAGGCAACUGCGCAAUAUCGCGUCCAAUUAAAAAAAUCGUAAAUAAAAAACGUUUUUUAAGUGGAAAAA